CAGUAGCUUCACGAUCGCCGAUCCAUCCGGUAGUUCUUAAUAGUUAUUGUGAACUUGAAACAACUCGAAAGGCAAUGGUGAUGGUUGCUUCCAGCGGUUGUGUUGCCGCAUUGAUACUUACGAUUGCCGCAUAUCGAUCUACGGCCAUAAAGUUCGAAAAAGUGUUCGAAUGGAAGCAGCUGACCUUCGCCGAUCUUCCUGAGCAGAGUAGAGAGAUAUUUGAUGGUGCCGUAAAUGAAACGUUCCAGCCGUAUGGGAACAUGCCGAUGGGUGUGGUACAUCAUAAGCAGCGGCUGUUCAUCAGCAUCCCUCGACGGCGGCCAGGUAUUCCUGCUACCUUGACAGUGAUCGAUCUAUCUACGGUCCCAGGCGGCAAUCGAAGCCCUCCACUCUUCGCCUACCCAUCACAUUCCGUAAAUCAAUUACAGCCUGGUUACCGUUCGGACUUGAACCGUCUCGUGUCGGUGUAUCGAACGAGAGUUGAUGCUUGCGAACGGCUUUGGUUCAUCGAUACGGGUACUCUGAAUUAUCCUGAUAACCCGGUGCGAGUGCAAGAUCCUCAGCUAUGGAUUAUUGAUCUUAGGCACGAUCGAGUUGUCCAUCGCUAUCUGAUUCCGGACUCCAUCGUUUUCGGGGACGUUGGAAUGGUUAGCCUGACUGUCGAUGUGGAAUCGACUGACUGUGCCCGAGCGUAUGCCUACAUUCCCGAUCUGGUUUCGAAUGCCAUUUAUGUGUACAGCCUGCAGGAUGAUGAUAUGUGGGUGUUCAGUCAUUCCUCAUUUGCGUACGAUCCGUCACGCAGCCAGUUCCACGUAGCGGGACUGGACUACGAAUGGGAUGACGGCGUAUUUUCGAUCGCAAUCGGUCAGAACGACACGAUGGCUGGGUCGAAGCUGAUCUUCUACCAUCCGAUGGUUAGCACGACCGAGUUCGGAACGUAUGCUAGCGUGCUUCAGAGUAAACGAAUUGCUAUGUCACACAACUACGACGAGUUGUUUCAACCGCUGGGAGAGCGUGGUCCUAAUACACAGUCCACAAUGCAUCACUAUGAUCCGCAGACCGGUGUGUUGUUCUACGCACAGGUUGCCCGAAACGCGAUAGGAUGCUGGAAUACUCGACAAAUCUAUGGUCCGGACACCCAUGCCGUGGUACAUCAGGACGACCGAGAGCUGGUCUAUCCGAGUGACCUGAGCAGUGAUUCCGAUGGAACACUGUGGGUACUGACGAACAACAUGCCAAUAUGGAUGUACUCGCGACUUAACGAAAGUGAUUACAAUUUUCGGGUCUGGAAACAGAGCCCUGCUAUUGCCAUUCAGGGAACGAAGUGUGAUAAUUGAACAAAUUUUACUCGAUGUUCGAUAACAUGAGGGGCGGUUUGACUAUAAGCUUACAUUUUGUGUCGACAAUGGGUUAGCGGAAUAAAGGCCUUUGUAUGUAUUUAA